CCGGGGAGAGGGAUCCUCCUGUUGCUCUCCUGAAGGUUUCUUCCCCUUUUUCUCCAUUAAAGGUUUUUUUCUAUUUCUUGGGAGUUUAACCUGAUCCGAUGUGAGGUCCUGGGACAAGGAUGUCGUACACACUGUAAAGCCCUUUGAGGCAAAUUUGUAGUUUGUGAUAUCGGAAGAUACAAAAUAAACACGCAUCAGAAAUGGUCUUCUUCUCCUCCUCACAUUCUCCGCUAUAUCCAUUACAUUACUUCCUUGCACCAACGUGUCAUGUCCAUCUGUAAUGUCUGAUAAUUGUACUUGAAAAUAUUUAUAUUAUAUUAUUCUGUCACACUAAUACACACUAAAUACCUACAUGUCAGGUGUGAUACUGCAGCAAAGUGCUAUGUUGUUGGAUAUGGUUGCAAUGCCAGCUCCAUCUGGGAUGAGGAAAGGGAAAAGGGAUCCACAGUCUCACCAGUGACAGCUCACUUAAAACAUUCAGACUGGGUUUUUUUUAAGUAUGCACAUUAAUAUUUGCCCAAAUCAAACUAUUACUCCCUCCCCCUAAAAGUUGAGCAAUUCCACAACAGAUUUUUCUCUCAUCUUGACUACUGCUUACCCUCUUUUAGUUAUUUAGUGAUGCAGCACUUUACUUAUAAGGUUUGGUUCCAUGAUACCUAUUUGAUGCUUUAACUAAUGUCUGGUAAUUAAAUUGUGUACUAUGUCUCAUGCUAUUGCAUUUUGUUUUUAGUUUGUUUAUUGUUAUGCACUCUUUCCCGAGUCAAAUUCCGUAUGUGUAAUUUACUUGGCAAUAAAUAGUUCUGAUCCUGAUUCGAAUUCUGAUUCUAAUUCCGAUUAACAUUCUUAUUCUAAAUCUUAUUCCGAUUCUGAAACCCCUGUACAGGCUGGCAUUUUUAAUAACUUUUAUUUUUGUUUCUAUGGUUGACCAUUCCCUGAGAUCUUUGGCGUUGUCUAUUUCACGCGAUGUGUAAAUGUGAAGGACCAUAUCGCUCUGGUGUUGAGAAGUGCAACAGAAGACUGGCCUGAGUGGAUGCGUCAUUGAGAAGCAACACACAGUUUGCAGACUUGUGGCGCCCCCUGGUGGAGAGUGCGUCCUGCAGGGAGGAGAGAGCGAGAGAGAGAGAGCAGGUCCGGUUGUUAUGGUGAAGCAUUUAUUUCUCCUGGAGCCAAAGGGGACGGCAGCUGAUUCAGUUACACAGCGACGGACCCGCACAGGCGCUCCGGCUGACAGUUGUAGACAGAAGACGAUGUUAUUGAGGGCCUGAUCAUUGACACAUUCGUUUCCAGCCAAACAGUCCACCAACAACAACAACAACGACAAGUUGACUUUGGAAUAGUCUCUACUCGCCACCAUGGGAUACUUGAAUCCUGCCACUGCAUAGUUGGCCUGUGUGAAUCCUGCGGAGGCCCCUUUUCAGUUCUUCCUACCUUGUGUAUUUAUGUCCACUGACACCAUAUUCUCACGAUGGAUUGUCAAAGUCUUGCCCCUCUGUUGGAUCAAAGUCUUGGACACAGUCACCACCAUUUUGGAUUAGAGGUUCUGACAGAGCAUCCAACCUGGAGAAUAGUUUGACUCCGCCUUUCUUGCACUAUCUUUUCCCUCCGUCUCUGUCUUCCCUCGAUGGCUCAUUGGCCAAGUUACCAACAGUUGAUAUGGAUGGGAGGACUGACCAAUCCCCAGCUUGGAUGAUAAUAUUUUGGACAUCUUUUCCCCUCCUUUUUUCCCAUGGCACGAUAAGAGUUGUAUCAUCUGAAAGAUGGGAAAGAGACAUUGCAGCGAUUAUUUGUGUUGCUUACACCUGAAAUCAUGGAGAUAUCCUUCACGUGAUUGCGCAAUAUAAUUUCUUUUUGGUUUCAUCGAACUUUGGACAUUUCUGCAGCUUGCUUGAGUUUUUUCUUGUUCAUAUAUUUACAGAUAAGCAGCAGUAUCUGUUUGUGCUCUCCCAUAGGCCCUAACGUAGGCCUGGUUGGCCUCACAGAAGGGCCUCUUUAAGGGACACGGGGAUAUGAGAAGUUUGAGAACCUGAAACUUUUCUAUUUAACAUCCUUUGGGACGAAGAAAAACAAACAAGAACAGAGAAGCGGAGCCACCGUGACAGUCCUUUACCGGGUUGUGGAGGCAUGGCAGCAGAGCACAGCGAGCUGCUGGCUGAGAUGGCCACAGUUGGGCGUUUGAGUGCCACCGAACGCCUGAAGCACGCCCAGAAGCGCCGCACUCAGCAGCUGAAAGGAUGGGCGCAGAUGGAGAAGGAUGGAGCACGAGGGUCAAGGGCAAAAGCGGAUAAGAAGAAGGCUCGCACCACCAAAGUUACAUUUCCCACGUCCAUCACACUGCUAGACGCAACUGCACGCAAUGACCUGGAGGAGGUUAGGGAGCUUCUUAACACUGGUGUCAGCCCAGAUCUGGUCAACGAGGAUGGACUGACAGCCUUACAUCAGUGCUGCAUUGAUGACUUUGUGGAGAUCGUGCGGUGCCUGCUGGACGCUGGCGCCUGUGUGAAUGCCUGUGACAGUGAGCUGUGGACACCGCUGCAUGCUGCUGCCACCUGUGGACACACUGCAUUAGUGCAGCUCCUGAUUCAGUCUGGGGCUGACCUGCUGGCUGUUAAUGCGGAUGGCAACAUGCCCUACGACCUCUGUGAAGAUGAGGCCACCCUUGAGCUGCUGGAGAUGGUUAUGGCUGAACAGGGGAUAACUCAGGAUCGUAUUGAUGAAUGUCGAGGGGCUAAAGAGUCGACCAUGCUGGCUGACAUUCGGGCUCUGCUUCAGAGCGAAGCGGACUUGAAUGCACAGGACGCUAACGGAGAUACACUGCUCCAUAUAGCGUCGGCUAACGGCUACGUGUCGGUGGCCGAACUGUUGCUCGAGCACAGAGCGCCGGUGGAGGGAAAGGACUCUGAUGGCUGGACGCCGCUACAUGCCGCCUCCUGCUGGGGACAAAUCCAAAUGGUGGAGCUGUUGGUGGCUAAUGGAGCCAGUUUGGAGACAAAGUCUCUGCUGGAGGAGACUCCUCUGGAUGUGUGUAUGGAUGAAGAGGUCAGAAGCAAACUGAUGGACCUGAAGCACAAACAUGAUGCCAUCAUGAAGAGCCAGGACCGGCAGAAGAGCACCCUGCAGAGACGAGCCUCGAGUACUGGCAGCAGAGGUAAGGUGGUACGUCGCGUCAGUGUCAACGAGCGCUCCAGUCUGUACCGACGGGAGCACCACAAAGAGGCCAUGGUGUGGCAGGAGCGUGGCCGACAGCCAGAGCCUCAGGACGACGAUGAGGACAGACAAACGGACAACGAGCUGGUGACCCUGGCUGCCGGUGCUGGAGCCACAGAACGUUUAGAGGAACUGGAGGCUGCAGACCGGAAGAUUGUGUCCAGUGUCGGUAACGGAGACUCCUCUGUUUCGCUGGCCUCCUCUGUACCCGGAGAGCUGUGGACUGGUGGGGGUCUCAUGGAGCGCAGCGCCUCGUACCAGCUGUGCCCUGCAUCUGGAGCUGGGUUGGGGUCGACAGGAGGAGAGGGGGCGGACAGUAUGACUCGGGAGAAAUCGCACCACACACUGGCUGACCUGAAACGGCAGCGGGCAGCUGCCAAGCUCAAUAAGUACCCAGCACCUCCCCCGCCGCUGUCUCCUCCCUUAGAGGAGGAGCCUUCUGGAUCAACGGCCGAGGUGGCAGAAUCUGAGGCCCAGCCAGAGCUCCAAAUGACCCCGAGUGCAGAGGAGGUAGCCUCCCCAAACCAGGUAUAUUUCACCCCAGCCAGCGGAGACCCUCCUCUUCUGAAACUCACAGCUCCUGAGGAGGACCAGUCCAACAUAAAGGAGCCUUGCUGUGGACUCAUGUAGACUCUUUCUCACACACACACACACACACACACACACACACACACACACACACACACACAGGCGUUUUACACUCCAAAGUGGCGAACACCUUUCAAAAAACGCCUGCUUGAAGUAAAUCAUUGUAGACUAAAUUUAAGGCCACAUGCCAAUGAGGAUGUGAUCGACUGCAUUUCAGUGAACUGAAGAGGAAUCUUUGUGCUUAUUUGUCAUUUAGUUAUCUCUUUUUUAUCAACACAAGACACACUUUACACUAAAGGUCCAAGUAUUCCCUGUUGCUUCAUCUUGAUUUAUGACUGCCCGAUAAGAUGUUAGGCAAGCAAAUAUUUACUUUGCUCUGCCUUUGUUCGUUACCUAACUUAUCUCUUAAUACACUGCUCAACUACUGUAUAUUGACAUUUCCUUAUUGACAAGCCUAUCAUGUCAAAGUGGAAUCAACCGCAAAAAGCUGAAUUUGAAUGGCAGUUCAAGAUUAUUUGUUUUAAAUUAUGAAUGAGAUGAUGUCUUCUUUACUGAGUGCUUUGAUGGUGCGUGAUACAUUUACAUAAUAAGACUGGGGUUGUGUGUGGUUGAGAGAGUGUUUGGUCGGGACAGCUUCAGUAUACGGUAAAGCUACAUUGAAUUUACAUCAGUGCAAAGAUGAAGUGAAGGACUGUUCCCAUGCUUGAUUCAUUUUUUUUCUUGGACUGAAAAUAUGGUGGGGUUUCUUUUUUAAUUACUUUUCCAGUGCACAGAAAAGCCUCCUUCUCAACAUGCGUAAUGGUGCAUGAUUUGUAAAUCAACUGUUUGUCAUUAAAAUAAGAUGUGAGAUCAUAUAUGUAUAUUUAAAUCAGUGGACAAUUUUCUGAGCCCCUCAUUCUCAUUUCUAGAUUUCUAUUUUUUGUCAGUAUUUCUAUUUUUCUACUCUCUGAAUGGAAUCACAUUAUUUAUUCUAUCUGAUACUGAAUACGACUGGGGGUGUACAGUGUACAUUUUUUUGUAAAGAUUAAAGAAUGAAGGUAAAUUAUUUAUCUAAGUGAUGAUACAUCACUUUUUCUUCUUGACAAACUAAGUAAAAUUGUAUUUCCUUUGUCAAAGGUUGGUGCCUUGUUCAGCUGCUAGAUUUGAUUUAGGUUUGCAACACUUGCACGAAGUCCCUCGUGUAUAUUUGGCGAGCAGUGGGAUAACAUUAAAUAUCAUUCUUCAACUUGAUGUGCUGCCAGUGCACUCUCUGUAUCGCAAUUCCAUUUUGUUAGUGAUUUUUACUGAGCACUGUUUAGAAAAACUAAAUAUAUAAAACAUGUUUUCUCAAAUGA